AUGAACUCACUAUACAACCAAGCACUACGUCAAUUUUCCUCGAUCCAAUCCGACAUCUCUCGCAUCGACUCUGAAGGCGAUUCUGCCCCCUCUACCUCCUUCGGACCGGUCACUGUCUCACUCUCUUCUCUCGAACGCACAAUCGAUGAAUACGAAAAGCUCGCCAAAAAAGAGCUCAUCCAGUCCAAACAAGAGAAAGCGCUAAACCGUGUCGCCAAAUUCCGCACCGACUAUUCCGAACUCUCUUCCCAGCUCGCUCGUCUUAAAACCAAAGGUUCCCUCUCCAACCGUGGCUCAGCACAAAACGGGUCUUCUACAUCCACUUUACGGUCCCCGACUAGCAACGCUUUCGGUGGUGGAGCGAAUAGAAGAGCAAGCGGUAUCGCUCUGGCUGAAUCCCCCUUCUCUCUUCACGCACGCAACUCGGCAAACCCACAAGAACAUGAUCCCUUAGCGGCGUACAAGAUGAAUGAUUCGGCAGCUGCCAUGUUCGGUGGUGGAGCAAGUGGAGGCUUUUCAGUAAGAGAAAGUCAUGCAUUGAGAGAACAUUCCUUCAUUCAGCAGACAGAGCAACAGUUGGAUACAUUUAUUGCACAGGGUAGAGAGGUCUUUGGGAACUUGGUAGAGCAGAGAGGCAUUCUGAAGCGUACACAAAGGAGGUUGAGAGAUGCAGCAAAUACGCUGGGGUUGAGUAGAGAUGUGAUCGGGUAUAUCGAGAGAAGAAGUACACAGGAUAACAUGAUUUUUGCACUAGGUGCCAUCUUUACGCUUGUUUGCUUUUGGUAUAUUUACAAGUGGUUCGGUUGA